AUGUUUGCAAAAAUGGUUUCCAAGUUAACUUCUUUGCAGCAAGAGCUUUUGAGCGCCUUAUUGGACUCCGGAGUUACCAAAGAUGUGCUUCUUCAAGCUUUGGAGGACCUGGAUCCAAGCCCGAGCGGUUAUGGAGUUAAACUGGAUAGUCUUCAGAUGUCUCCCUCCAGUUCCAAACUCAAUGGGAGUGAUACGGAUUCAAAACCGGUUUUUCACACGCUGACCAAUGGACACAGUAAAGGAAAGUUAUCAGGGGACGAGGGCUCGGAGGACGGGGAUGAUUACGAUACACCGGCAAUACUAAAAGAGCUGCAGGCUCAAAAUACAGAGGAGGCAGCAGAGCAGAGGGCAGAAAUCGAGCGAAUUUUGGCCGAAGACCCUUGGCGCGCGGCCCGUAUGAUCAAAGGCUACAUGCAGCAGCACAAUAUACCCCAGCGCGAGGUGGUGGAUGUGACGGGCCUCAACCAGUCGCACCUGUCGCAGCACCUGAAUAAAGGCACGCCUAUGAAAACGCAGAAGCGCGCGGCACUGUACACCUGGUACGUCAGGAAGCAGCGCGAGAUUUUGCUACAAUUCAACCAGGCCACGCAAGGCUCCGGCAGCAACAUGUCCGACAAAGGCAGUCAGGAUCAAGUGCUACUGUUCUUCUCUGAGUAUAGUCAGUCCACGCCAAGUAUGGUGCAGUCACAAGAAGAUGCUAGCCUUGAACCUGCUUGCAAGAAGCUCAGGCGCAACCGUUUCAAAUGGGGUCCUGCGUCCCAACAGAUCCUCUACCACGCUUAUGAAAGACAGAAGAACCCCAGCAAAGAGGAGAGAGAGGCACUGGUGGAGGAAUGUAACCGAGCUGAGUGCAUCCAGAGAGGAGUAUCUCCAUCCAAAGCUCAGGGUCUUGGCUCCAACCUGGUCACAGAGGUGCGAGUCUACAACUGGUUUGCCAACAGGAGAAAAGAAGAAGCAUUUAGGCAGAAGUUGGCUAUGGAUGCCUACACCGGGCCGACGCACAGUCUUAACUCCCUCCUCUCUCACGGUUCUCCUCAUCACCCGCAAACCAGUAACUCCCCACCAAGCAAAAUGCAAGGUGUCAGGUACAGCCAACAGGCUUCCGGCGAAGUCAGUUCUUCCACGACGAUCAAUCACCAUAGCGGCAACGCAAUGGCGACCAGCCAGUCAGUGUUACAGCAGGUCUCUCCGGGGGCCCUGGACCCCAGCCAUAGCCUCCUGUCACCUGACGCCAAGAUGAUCUCUGUAUCCGGUGGAGGUCUUCCUCCUGUCAGCACCCUCACCAACAUCCACGCAUCCCACCACAUGCACCAUCAGACCCCCAACCUCAUAAUGCCCCUCUCGGGAGUCAUGGCCAUCGCACAGAGUUUGAACACAUCGCAGGGGCAGACGGUACCCGUCAUCAACAGUAUCGCAGGCAGCCUGGCAGCGCUGCAGCCCAUGCAGUUCUCGCAGCAGCUGAACAGCCCACAUCAACAUCUUAUGCAACAGUCGCCCAGCCACAUGUCCCAGCAGCCCUUCAUGGCAUCCGUCUCACACUCACACAUGUACACACACAAGCAGGAGCCACCCCAGUAUUCACAUCCGUCUCGAUUUCCCCCCAUGGUGGUUACGGACGCCAACAGCCUCAGUACCCUGAGCUCAAUGUCCUCCAGCAAACAGUGUCCACUACAGGCCUGGUGAGCGUGUGCAUGACUUCCCGAUGCCUAGCAACAGGAGCACAUCCUUUCCAUUCCCCCUCAUCACACCCGUAUCUAUGGCAACCUAUAAUACGCACUAACGGCGCACUGGACGAUGUGUUAGUCAAUAAACCAUGGACUGAGGUGGGACUUAUCUGUGCUGCGAGAACACCAAGAACCAGACUGUCAGGUUGUUUUGUUCCAACGUCAAGUGUGAAGACUUUGGUCCUUUGAUCAACAAGGAAUGAUGCCAUUUCAAGUUCGAACUACAGUGACAGUAUUUUAUUUCCCAUCGUAAUGGAAAAAAAACAUAUCAAAGAAGGUCUUUGAAGAACAAAUGGAUAGGAAAUAACGUGGUUAAAUGAAGCUCCAAAUACAAAAACUCAAGAACGCUGCGAUGGAAAAGCUCCUGGUACCCAACCGAAUGCAAGGUUGUUUUCCUCGGACAGGAGCACAAUACAUGUUCGUGUUUUUCUGAAAACCUUCUAGUUGAACAGUGGAUUCAAUGACAAUCAGCAGAUGAUGCAACCGUGGGGUUUAUAAAGAAGUCUUCCAUAAUGCAUAGACAAUGUUCUGUACAGUUGGAUGUAAAUAGAAACGAUUAUUAUAUCAUUAUUAUUUCUUUUGUCUGAAGGAUGUACAUAUUUGAUAGUCCACAUUUGUUGUUUUAUUUGUCUUGUUGAAAAAAUGUAAACUGUGAUUCAGGAUGUGACAAUCUUUGGAAAUGUAGGACUAUGCAAUGUGUCGGAGAACGCAGUUUAGAUUUGCGGUGGGACUUUCAAUUAAUGCAAAUCUGUUUUUGACACUGAAACUUAACUGAAGAAACAAACCUUAAAAGUAAGAAAAUGCGACAAAGCGGGAUAAUAUGGCUGAAUUGUAUAGAUAGAUCUCUCUCAGUGACUUUUUUUAUUACAGACUGAUUUGAUAAGAACGGCUUUUCUGUGCCAGCAUUUAGAUGGUGAAAUUUCAUGGUAUGACCAAACCUUUAUCCAAAUUAUACCGGAUUAACUAAGAGAGACGGUCGAUCAGAGAAACGGAUAACUCGUUCGUCAUUCACCCUUUGUGAUAAUGGUGGGGAAUAAUGAGGUGCCGUUGUAAUCUAAAUAUUGGCCUACAAUUAAGCCUUCAUUGUCAUGGGAUGUUAGGACUAUGUAGUGCAAUAGAACACAGCAUCCUGUUGAAAUGGCAGUGUCGUGGCAGCAUUACUUUUGUUAUCAGUUGGGAAAUGUGAUAGGAAGAUGUUGUCUCAUUCGGCAUUUCAAACAGUUUUACCUGCUCACACAACUGACCUUGUUUCCUGUGCAUUUUUACGUGUACAUCCAUGAAUUUUAAACUGUGUGUCAACUUAAAUCGUCUUUUCGAAAAACCGAAGAAACAAUUUUUAGACCCAUCUGAGAGUUGAAUACUUUUCAAAAGGUCACUUCUGUGUUUUAAUGGGGUAAUGUUGACUAUGAACCCACUGCCAGUCGAGCUGUGAUUACAGUGCUGUUUUCUGCUGGAUUUAUACAAAAUGUGAUUCUCUCCGCGUUGUAUUAUUUUUGUAUAAAAUGAAAUCAAUCUUUUAAAAUCACUAUUUAUGCCUUACCGAAAAAAGUAAAGUUUUUCUUCAAGAUUAAA